AUGAUUAAUUAAAAUCGAAUUCCAAAGGGAGAUCUUAAAAAAGUAGUGGAUUCUCAAUUUCAUUAUGAAAGAAGAAAAUAUAUAUUUUGGGCAUUCAAUACUUCAUAUUUGGGGAUAGCUUUCUUUUAAAUAUAUUCAGAUGUAGUGAUUGAAGGUGGAGAGAAUCCUGCUUUAUGUGUGGAUACUGCCCUCCUGAAUCAUGAUUUACAAUGUCCAAUAGGUUUAUAUAAAACUUUGGUGGCCUUGAUUGUUGCUCAUUUGAUUUAGAUGCUAUCAGCAACUAUAGGAUAUUUUGGAAUCGAUUAGAAGUCAAGAAAGAUUAAUAAAUCGUAUUCAAUAUUAUUGAUUGGUUCAUACAUUUAUGACUUGAUAACAUCGUUUAUACUGUGGUUUUCAUAUAAUACUUGGGAUGACACGCCUUUUAGAAAUACAAAAAAUGAAUUCUUAAUGUUAUCCAUAUUCUUCCCAGCAUUAAUGGCAGUGGUUGGAUAUUUCUGCUUAAGUUAAUUCAAAAAAGCUACCUUUGAAAAUGCACAAAUGUAAUAAGCAAAGGAUGAAUUAUUAGAAAAGUAUCCGUAAAUCGCAUCAGAUGUAGUCAAAUUGUUUUUAUGA